AAGGAACUUGCUCAAGGUCACAUAGCUGGAAAUGACUUAGAGGCCUUACAAAUACAUCUGUGCAUUCUUGCUUCAGACUUCACAAUUGAGGGCCAACCCAGUCUGGAAGCACCUCUUAUUAAUGUUACAAGGAAACCGCUACCUCAGCAAACAAAAGGAAAGGAGAAGACUUAUAAUAACAAAUGUCAUUUUUUAAAAAAGUUUGUUUUCAGAAAACAUUAGAGGAAAUUUGGAAAUUUUUUGCAUUGCAGAGACAAAGCUUUACAGGUAAAUGGAUUUGACAGGCAGGCUCUGUCAAAAUUCUGCAGAGGUUUGAUCUUCCUUCCUAAGGACUUUGUGUAAAGUAAUUCUCUACUGCUUUUUAAAUUGCUGUUGAUCAGCUUGUGGGUUUUUGGGUUCUAACUUUUUGGUAUGUUGAAGAUACAUUGUAUUACAUUAUAUUACAUUUUUAAAAGUUAAGUUAUUUUUCUGCCAUUGUAAAUACAAAUAUGGAAAUAUUCUUGCAAGCAAUUAUAGGUAAGCAUUUUUCUCAGCAAGCAUAUCUUUUUAUUAAGAGAGUGGAAUGCUAAACAGUUCUUAUGUAGUGUUUUGGACACACUUUUAUUUUUUGUCAGAGGUCCUGCCUACACUGAAAAUAUUAAUUAUAUAAACCUGUUGUCCUUCUCACAUCUACAUUGGAUCACGUCACCUGCCUCAUGGAAAUGCCUUUUUUAAAACUUAGAUUUGCAGAACUCCGCUAUUUUUAUACCUAGCUACCACUUUGGAAAAAAAGAAUCAGAACCCUGACCUACUCAGGGUCACUGGGACAGUCUCUCUCCCGUAUGUAUUGCUGCAGUGCCCAGGACAGUAAAAUGGACUACAAGCGGCGCUUCUUGCUUGGCGGGUCCAAGCAGAAGGUGCAGCAGCACCAGCAGUACCCGAUGCCCGAGCUGGGCCGAGCACUGAGUGCUCCCCUGGCAUCUACAGCCACCACUGCCCCCCUGAGCAGUCUGACCGCUGCAGGCAGCUGCCACCACGCCAUGCCCCACUCCACUCCCAUCGCCGACAUCCAGCAGGGCAUCUCUAAGUACCUGGAUGCCCUCAACGUCUUCUGCCGUGCCAGUACUUUCCUCACAGAUCUUUUCAGCACUGUGUUCAGGAACUCUCACUACUCAAAGGCGGCCAUGCAGCUCAAAGACGUGCAGGAGCACGUCAUGGAAGCAGCCAGUCGGCUGACCUCGGCCAUAAAGCCUGAGAUCGCCAAAAUGCUGAUGGAACUCAGUGCUGGGGCUGCAAACUUUACCGAUCAGAAGGAAUUCAGUCUGCAGGACAUUGAGGUAUUGGGGCGAUGUUUCUUGACAGUGGUGCAAGUCCAUUUCCAGUUCUUGACUCACGCAUUACAGAAGGUCCAGCCGGUGGCUCACUCUUGCUUUGCCGAAGUGGUUGUGCCAGAAAAAAAGAAUAGCAGCAGUGGUGGCGGCUUAUCUGGCACGGGACACACAUCUGAACUGGAGGAAGCUGUGCGAUCCUGGCGGGGGGCUGCUGAGGCAACAUCUAGACUGAGAGAAAGAGGCUGCGAUGGUCGCCUGGCAGGAAUUGAAGUCCAACAGCUCUUUUGUUCUCAGAGUGCAGCAAUUCCCGAUCACCAGCUAAAAGAGCUGAACAUAAAAAUUGAUAGUGCUUUGCAGGCAUAUAAAAUAGCUCUGGAAAGCUUAGGCCACUGUGAAUAUGCAAUGAAAGCUGGCUUCCACCUGAAUCCAAAGGCAAUUGAAGCAAGUUUGCAGGGCUGCUGCAGCGAGGCGGAAGCCCAGCAGACGGGGCGAAGGCAGACACCCCCGCAGCCCAUGCAGUGUGAGCUUCCCACCGUCCCCGUGCAGAUAGGAUCGCACUUCCUGAAGGGUGUCUCCUUUAAUGAGUCGGCCGCCGACAAUCUGAAACUAAAGACGCAUACGAUGUUACAGCUGAUGAAGGAAGCCGGCUGCUGCAAUGGAAUCACAUCCAGGGACGAUUUUCCUGUGACCGAAGUACUGAACCAGGUGUGCCCGUCCACAUGGCGGGGUGCCUGCAAGACCGCUGUGCAGCUCCUGUUUGGCCAGGCCGGACUGGUGGUAGUCGACACGGCACAGAUUGAAAAUAAAGAAGCCUACGCCCCCCAGAUCAGUUUAGAAGGCUCCAGAAUCGUGGUUCAAGUCCCGUCCACAUGGUGCCUGAAAGAAGAUCCUGCCACCAUGUCCCUACUGCAGAGAAGCCUUGAUCCUGAGAAGACCCUGGGUCUGGUGGAUGUGCUCUACACUGCUGUGCUGGACCUGAACCGCUGGAGAGCAGGGAGAGAACAAGCUUUACCCUGCAUACAGAUCCAGCUUCAAAGGGAAAUCUGUGACUUUGGGAAUCAGGCCGACCUGCCUUCCGGAAAUGGAAACAAAUCUUCGGGUGGCCUGCAGAAGACGUUCUCCAAACUGACCUCCCGGUUCACCAAGAAAGCUUCAUGUGCCGGCUCCAGCAGCAGCACCAAUUAUUCCAUCCAAAACACCCCUUCCAAAAACGUCUUCAUAGCCGGGUGUUCAGAAGAGAAGGCCAAGAUGCCCGGUAGUAUUGACGCCAGGUUGCAAAACAUUCUGAACAUCGGUCAUUUCCCUAGGACUGCAGACCCUGCACAGUCAGCUCAGAGUUCCAGUAAUCCAGUGGCCAAUGGCUUUCUCAUGGAGAGACGUGAGACCUUCCUGCAUGGGGACGAUGGCAAGGACGAGAAGGGUAUGAACUUACCAACAGAUCAGGAAAUGCAAGAGGUAAUAGAUUUUCUCUCAGGCUUUAACAUGGGCCAGUCACAUCAGGGCUCUCCGCUGGUGACAAGGCGUAAUUCUGCUGCCACAGCCAUGGUGACUGAGCACAAGGCAGGAGCCAUGCAGCCACAGCAGCCGUCACUGUCAGUGCCCCCUCCGCCACGGCCACCCCAGGCCGGGGCACACACGCCUCUGACACCCCAGCCAGGACUGGCGCCUCAACAGCAGUCCCCAAAGCAACAGCAGCCCCAGGUCCAAUACUACCAACACCUACUCCAACCCAUUGGAUCGCAGCAGCCCCCACCCCAGCCUCGGGCACCUGGGAAGUGGGUACAUGGCUCAUCCCAGCAGCCAGCACAGACCGUUGGAGCAGGCCUAUCUCCUCUUGGUCAGUGGCCCGGCAUGUCUGAUCUCAGCUCUGACUUGUACAGCUUGGGUCUGGUGAGCAGCUAUAUGGACAAUGUGAUGUCGGAGGUUUUGGGACAGAAGCCGCAGGGACCUAGAAAUAACACCUGGCCAAACCGUGACCAAAGCGACGGAGUCUUUGGAAUGUUGGGAGAGAUCCUGCCUUUUGAUCCUGCAGAGAGCAGGACCGGGGCUGACAGAAGUUCCUGGAAUGGCUCAGUGUCCCAUAGUUCAGUGGGUUCAGACCCGGAGUUCGCGCGCUACGUGGCAGGAGUGAGCCAGGCCAUGCAGCAGAAGCGGCAGACCCAACACGGCCGCCGUCCAGGCAACCCCCGGGGCAACUGGCCGCCCAUGGACGACGCCCACCGGACCUGGCCUUUCCCGGAGUUCUUUACAGAAGGGGAUGGCCUGCACAGCGGUUGGUCAGGCGCUCAGGGAGAUUCAGCCAGCUCGAGUGAUGAGACGUCCUCGGCCAAUGGAGACAGCUUGUUCUCCAUGUUUUCAGGGCCUGAUCUCGUUGCUGCUGUCAAGCAGAGAAGGAAACACAGCAGUGGAGAGCAGGAGACCAGUACACUGCCCUCGCCGCCUCUCCUCACUACGAUAGAGGACAUGAACCAGGAUAACAAAACCAAAACAUGGCCACCCAAAGCACCCUGGCAACACCCUUCCCCGCUGCCCGGCACUCUGCCCAGCCCAAGCGCACCACUCUAUGCUGUCGCCAGCCCCGGCAGCCAGUGGAACGACACCAUGCAAAUGCUGCAGUCCCCAGUGUGGGCUGCGACCAGUGACUGCAGUGCCACCUCCUUCACCUACGUGCAGCCCCCACCACAGCCCCCGCCCCCACCAGCACACAAGGCAGUACCCAAGGCCUUCAAGGCUUUCCCUGGGAAGGCUGAGCGCAGGCCGGCUUACCUGCCCCAGUACUGAUCGAGGGCCAGCCUGCUUGCGUGCCCAGAGCUGUUGGGGUGAGUGUCCCCGCCCUAGGGCCAACUAGCUGACACCAGCCCCCCAGAGGACCAGUGUACCCCUGUCCCAGGGAGAGUUCCUUGGGGACAAGGGUGGUUGGCAGCUGCCUUUAAAGCCUGGCUUCUCAAACUUUGGAGGUAUCAGACCCCUGGAGAGCCAGCCGUAGACAGAGGUUUCUAACCCUCAGGAUGCUGGAGAAUCUGCAUGCUUAGUAAGCACCUCAGUGGUUCUGAUGCAGGCAGCCACCAGCCACACUUUGAGAAACACAGCUCGUGGGUUUUUAGUCCUGCUGUGUGUUGGGAAGGCAUCAGGCCUGAAGGCUUAGAGCAAAACUGACCAUUCUUCUGAAACCCUCUCCUCCUCCUCCCUUCACACCUUGAGUGAUGACCACACCAAUCACUGUAUUUUAUAGCUAUUUUUUCACGUAGGUUUUUAGUUAAAACAUCUCCUGCCUAACAUGCAUUGAAUAUUUUAAGGUAACAGAUAUACUGGCUGGAGGUUUGUUCAACACUAUCUUUAUUUAAGCUUAUAUAAAAUGGGCAAAGUGUAGAAUAUUUGUGAGCAGAAGCAGUCACCUGGGCUUUCUGUGGGUGGGCAGCCCGGUGCCCCCCAGCAGGACCCGGGGAGUGCAGUGUCUGCCAGAUUCACAGCAGCAGCAUUGUAAAACUGACGGCGGAGGCGUAUUGCCGAAGGCGCGCG